AUGCCACCGCGCAAAAAAGAAUCACUGCGUGGCUUUGAUUUGGGAAAGUCAUCAUCGGCUACAACCACGGCUUCGACUCAGGAACAGGAGGGCACUAGACCCAUAUUGACUGCUGUAGUGGCACCUGACUUGCAUCCGCCCUAUCAGGUUGAUUCGGAUGGAGAUAUUAUUCUCUUCACACCAGAAACCCCCCUGAUUGACUUCAGCAAAGGCAAUGUGCCGGGAAAUUACGCUCGCUUCCAAGUCUCAUCGAAGCACCUAGCACUAGCAUCGGCUUAUUUCAAGCGAAUGCUGAAAGAUUGUUGGGCUGAAGGGGGUGCUCUUUCAAAGAAGGGAUCUGUUGAGAUUCCCGUCAACGACUGCAAACCAGAUAUCCUUCUGGUCCUUUUGAACCUCAUCCAUGGACGUUCACGACAAGUUCCCCUGAAGCUGACCCUACCGCAAUUGAGUGAUAUCGCCGUGGCCACCGAUUUUUUUCAAUGCAACGAGGUGGUCGAAGUGUUUGCUGGUAUCUGGAUACAAGCCCUGGAGUCGCUUGUUCCGUCUUCAUUUUCACAAGACAUGAAAAUAUGGAUGAUGAUCUCCUGUGUCUUCCGGUCCCACUCCAUGAUCUUCCAAAAAACAACAAAAAUUGCCAUACAGCAAGCAACAGGGCCAUUUGACACAAGCAAUCUCCCGAUUCCAAAUUCCGUCAAAGGUAUGUGA